CUUGGAACUGACAAGAAGACUGGCGGAAACCGGCUUCGUGUCAGGGUCGUGUCACGGCCAGCAUACCGGUCGCACCCAGGAAUGUGAACACCCAAUCCCCCUAGGACAGUGCAGUGCUCCCACCACUGCCCGUUGCUCGGAUUCGCUGGAAGUCAUGUCUCGAGAUGUUGUCCUUGGAUUGGAAAAUGCUAGCCACGGUCGCCAGCCUGGGUAUGACAAAUGCCCUCGAGGGACGUAUGUCUCAUCGGGCGAACGGAAACUACCAAGAGCACGCGCGGUUAGCCGUCGAUACCCUGCAGGGGUGGUACAACACGACGACUGGGCUCUGGGAGACCACAGGCUGGUGGAAUGGCGCCAAUUGCCUAACAGUGUUGGGCGAUCUGGCGGCGGUUGAUCCCUCGUUUCUGAAUGCGAGUGCCUCUGUCUUCAACAAUACAUGGACCCAGGCACCGAAUUAUAAACCGAAUGCAGCACAGCGGACGGUGAACCUGAAUGUACAGACAGCAAACCUAGGCACUCAGCACAGUGUCUCCACGGAUGCAUUCCCCGACUUCACCAACGCCAUGUACGACGACGAGGGAUGGUGGGCGCUCGCCUGGAUCCAGGCAUUCGACGUGACGGGGGACCAGCGAUACCUUGACACGGCCGUCCAUAUAUUCACGGACAUGACUACGGGCUGGGGCGCGACGUGCGGCGGAUUGUGGUGGAACAAGCAGCACACGGAGAACGGGGCGAUCGAGAACGAACUGUUCAUCAGCGUCGCCGCCCAUCUAGCACGCAGGGUUCCAGAGCAGGCCGACACCUUACAGGACUGGGCGUUGAAGGCAUGGCAGUGGUUCUCCGACAGUGGCCUCAUCAACGACCAACACACCAUCAACAACGGGCUAGACCUAUCGACCUGCAAGAACGACCAGGACACGGUGUGGAGCUACAACCAGGGCGUCAUUCUGGGGGCCCUCGUGGAGCUCUCCCAGCUCCAGUCUGACCAGUCCUACCUGUCGACCGCUCGCGACAUCGCCCUGGGAGGGAUCCACGCGCUGAGCAACUCCGACGGUGUGCUGCAGGAACCGUGCGAGCCGGACUGCGGGGCCGAUGGGCCACAGUUCAAGGGGGUUUUCAUGCGCAAUCUGAUCCGACUGCAUCAGGCAGCCCCUGAUCGUGAGAUCGAGUCCUUUAUUCGACGCAAUGCGGACAGUAGCUGGGAUCGCGACCGUGACGAGGACAACCGCCUCGGGCUGCGCUGGUCCGGGCCUUAUGCAGACGCCGACGCUUCCACCCAGGGCUCGGCCUGCGAUGCGUUGAUUGCCGCCGCGGCUCUCAAUCAGACUCGGAAAUAAUCCAAUGGAGCAUCAUCCGAAGAAAAGCGCGCAUUGACGUUGGGGGGAGUUGCCGUUGCGGUCACUUGGUAUAAUAAACAGCCUGACGAGGCUUCUGUACCUGAAGUUGACCAUUUGCCUUUGCAGUAUUUUGAAU